GCUGCGGCAGCAAAAGUUUCUAGAGCUACUAGAACAGAAGGACACCACCCGAGCUUUAACGACGUUGCGGGGAGAAUUGACGCCCCUGUACCACGAUACAACCAAACUUCAUUUCUUAUCAAGCUUGCUAAUGUGCCAGUCAACGGAGGAUCUAAUGCAAAAGGCCAACUGGGAUGGCGCACGUGGACAGUCUCGAAGAAAGCUACUAUCUGAAUUAUCCAGUUGAGCCAUCCCCACGUACUCCGCUAGUACACUGUUCAUUUUGCUAACUCGUUGAGCUACUACAGAGCGCAUUUCACCAUCAGUAAUGCUGCCGGAGAAUCGUCUGGCAGUUCUACUUGACCACGUCAAGCAAAGCCAGAUAAAUACAUGUCUCUACCACACUGCGGCGUCGUCCCCUUCCUUGUACUGCGAUCACCUUUGUGACCGACGCAACUUUCCCUCUGAAUUUGCACUAGAGCUGAGUGAUCUAGGGGGAGAGGUCUGGUCUGUUCGAUUUUCUCAUGACGGUACACGUCUUGCGGCCUGCGGGAGCCGGGAGCAUGUCAAAAUAUGGGAUACACAGACCUUCACCGUCACUCAUGUUCUUCCAAACCACGGAGGCGACGGUGUUGGCGACAUUGCUUGGAGCCCUGACGAUUCUAUGAUUAUGACUUGCUCUUUCGAUAAAUACGCUCGUCUAUGGGAUACAACUACUGGCACCUUGAUCAAGACACUUAGAAAGUUUACCGAGCCAGUGAGCGGCUGUGUAUGGGCGGCAGACAGUAGAUCGUUUGUUCUGGGAAGCUUAGACAAGGUUCAUGGCCUGUGCACCUUUAACGUAUACGACGACGAAAUCAUCGAGUGGAACAAAAAGCAUCGAGUACAGGACCUCUGCGGUUCUCCCGAUGAGCGUCUGCUGGUCGUAGUGGAUGAUUUGCAAAAUAUCCACGUCUACGAUGCCAACACGCGAGAGCUGGAAUACGAUCUGGAGCUAAAAGCAAGACCAACAUCCGUCAGCAUCAGUCAGGAUUCCCGGCAUCUGCUGGUAAACAAGCAGGAUGGCGAGGCCCAGCUGAUUGACUUGACCACGAGGAAUUCGGUGCACAAGUUUUUAGGCCACACGGGAGGCGAGUUCUUGAUCCGUAGCGCAUUUGGCGGUGCCAACGAGAGCUUCGUGAUGAGCGGGAGUGAAGAUGGCAACAUCCUUAUUUGGCACAAGAACAUUGGAGCCGCCGUGGAACGGUUACCCGGCCAUCAACCACGAUGCAACGCGGUAGUCUGGAAUCCUACAGAUCCAUGCAUGCUGGCAUCGUGUGGAGAUGAUGGCCGCAUCAAAAUCUGGACCAGCAAGGCACGUAGUGUUGAGCUUCGAGCGAGGCAUCUUCGCGGAUCUAACGGAUGGAGGAGCACGGGUGACGAUUCGUAGGCCGGGGAGCUAGCUCAGGUGCUCCAACGUCGGUUAGGAAGCCCUCCAUCGCCUAGGUCUCUGUCAUUGAUGGCAUUUUUGGUACCCGGACCACCUUCGACACCGCAAUCUUCUCCCACGCAAGAAGAGUUCGGGCAACAACUGCCCACGGCUCAGGAUUUCAAUCUGAGAGGCUCAAGAGCGGAUGAUUUCCCCACAGCUUUAGCUGACCUUCAGGAUGAGAGGUACAACAUGCUCCAUCGGCGGAAUUGACCGCCAUGUCCUUAGUUAAGGAGACUGGGCGAGGGAGACAGAGGAAUGUAUUGCUACUGCGAAAGCGCUACUCUUCAACAUAAGUGAGAUCAUGGUUCAGCCUUCAAGUUUCACUUUCAGGCUCUUGUUGUUUUUUAUGUAUACUGUUAUUAUUCUUUCUUUCUUCUGCUCUCUCCUAUCAACCUUCUGAACUGUCGAAUGGGAGGGCGUUCAAAGAGGUAGCGGCCAAUGUAUAAGGGCUUUUGAUGUCACGGGCGGUUGCGACUGCGUGUAGAAGUGUUUUUGCUUACAUGGGUAUUAUUCAAUAAACAACUCUCUGCAUGUG